GACGGAAACUUUACAGAGGAAGAGGAGAAAAAACAAAUACAGAAAGAGGAAAAGAGAAUAGACUUGCCGAAAUGAUUUCGGCGACGGCGAUCUCCGACGGAUUAUUUCUCCGGUCACAGAUCUAUUCACGGAACCUAUCACCGAUCUCACACUACGGAAACGGUUUCGGAUCGGAGACGAUCCUCCGGCUGAGAAAGGGAGGAACGAGACGGAUGCGGGCGGUGACGGUGACGGAGGCGACGGCGAAGUACAAGGGAACGAAGAUGAGGGAGGAGAAGCUGACGGAGAUGAUAGAGAGGAAGGUGAAGGAGGCGACGGAGGUAUGCGCGGCGGACGAGGGGUCGGAGGAGUGUAGAGUGGCGUGGGACGAAGUGGAGGAGGUGAGUCAGGCCAAGGCCGAUCUCAGGCUGAAGCUGCAGAAGCAGGAUCCGCUCGAAGGUUUCUGCCAGGAGAACCCCGACACUGACGAGUGCCGAAUCUACGACGACUAAGCCAAGAAGAUAACAGUAGGAUCCCUCUCUCUCUCUCUCUCUCUCUCUCUCUUUGGUGUUUUGAAUUUGUGUGUUACUUUGUUGUUAUGUGGUGUAAAAAUAUGAUUAAUUUCGAGGUGAAAUUAUCGUUUCUGGUCUUUGAUGA